AUGGAGGUGGCCAUCGUCUGGUGGAUGUUUGGCUGUGUCUUCUUCGUGGCCCCUCUCAACUGGUGGGGCAAGAAGUAUCGCAUCUUGCCCGAAACCGGGUUGGCCAUGGUUGGCCUCCUUCUCCUUCCAGGGACGCGGGUUUUGGGGUGGAAUGGCCCUGGUUCAUGGUUGUUUUGGUGCCACUGGAAGAGAAAAGAGGUGAAAAAGAUCCAUGGAGGUCUUAGUUUCAUUGAUACAUAUUGA